UACAUAUUUGAUAUUUUUCUGAUACUUGAAGUUUUAUAUCUACCUGUCUAUAUUCACUGUGAAACAUUUGAAUUAUAGGAAUGUAAAAAUUAGAAAAUAGAAGAACUUAGUAUCCCCAAAAGACCACUCUUUGGUGCACAUAUGUAACAUCUUUUAAGACCUUUCUCUACACAUGAACAGAUACAUAUUAAAAAUUAGGGGAGUUCCCUGGAUGUCCAGUGAUUAGGACUUCAUGCUUUCACUGCUGAGGGCCCGGGUCCAAUCCCUGGUCAGCGAACAAGCCAUGCAGUAUGCGGCCCAAAAAAGAGGGAUGUAGGUUGGAAAUCACACUAUAAAUACUAUAAACACUAUAAAACUUUUGCAAUUUUUUUUUUUCAUUUAACAUAAUACUUUAGGUAUUUUGUGCCCCUAUAUUAUCUCAGUCUUCUUAAUGGCUGCAUAUUACUUUACUAUACAGAGAUACUUUUAAUUCUUUUCACCAGUUUUACAUUGUAAAAUGUUUGUGCAGUUUUAACAGUAACAUUUAUAAAUUUCUUGUAAUUAUUUCUAUAAGAUAAAUUUAUAGAAAUUGAAUUAUUUGGGCAGAUACUAUAAACAUUUUAUAUUUUAAUAGAUACCACCAAAUUGCCAUAAAUUUCAUGCCACCAAAUUUCUGGUAUGAGAAUGUGUGUUGUGACAGUAAUAAUUUCCCCUUCUCACUGCUUACCUGCCUAUAACAGCUCUUCUUUCCUUUGUGAUUGGCUGCAUCUACUCUCUUGUGGGUGAAUCUUAAAACUAAGUCAUGAAGUUUACUAGAAAGAAAUGAUAAUAUGCCAGAUGAAGAAUUGGGGAGCUCCCCUAGAAGAACUCAAUGUUUACUUUCAUCUUUUCUCUACUUCUUUUGCAAUGGAGGAAACAUAUUUCCACCCUCUGCAUGGAAUGGGACCCCAUUUUGUCCACUUUUUCAGUGCCCUGUCAAUUAGCAUCCCCUGUUACUCCCACUUCUCUCUCUCUCUUUUGUUUUUGGGUGGGGGGCUCUUUGGUCAAGUGGCGCAAACUUGAAGGAUCUUAGUUUUUCAACCAGGGAUCAAACCAGUGCCCCCUACAGUGGAAGCUCAGUCCUAACUGCUAGACCAUCAGGGCAUUCCCUCUUUCUUCUCGUUCGAUCAGUAUUUAAGCAUGCUCAAGUUUGUCCUGUCUCAAUCCCUGAAUUUCACCUUCCCUCCUAGGUAGUGUUACCUCUUCUCUCAUUUGUACUUAAGACUUCUUUGUACUUGUAUAUGGUUGCUGGGGGGACAUGAGGGACAAAAAAGCUAUAAGACCUACAGAAAACAGUUAACAAGGUAGCAUUACCAAAAAUUACUUUAAAUGGAUUAAAUGCUUCAGCCAAAAGACAGAUUUGGAGCAUCUAUUUGAGAAACAGAAUGGGGGGGAAAAAAGAACACCUUCCCUUUACUGCACAUCCCAUUGCACUUGCUUUCACUGAACAUCUCACUAUGAUCUGUCUCCUACCCUCACUAGGCUGUUAAAACUACUCCUGUAAAGAUAAUGAGCUAUUUUCUAUGGAGGUAUCUCACUCGCCUCUAAUUUUCCUCCUGGUUUUCUGGUGACUGGUAUUUCUUAGUGGAAUUAACUCAUUACUACCACUGAUAUUCAUUUAGGCUGUUUUCAUUCCUUUGCUAUUAGAAACAGUGAGCAUCCUUUCUGUAUACUUACUGGUAUAAGAAUAAGUCCCUAUGAGAGGAAGAUGUGUGUGUGAUUUUAAUUUUUAUAGAUAUUGCCAGAUUGCCAUUAAAAACAUUAAACAAGUCCUUUUUUGAUUCCAACAGAUAAAUAGGUAAGUUCAAAUAAAGGCAAGCAGAAGUUGUAUUAAUAAGACAUUUUCAGAACUGCUUUAAAGAGGCAGUUUCAGGAGCAACAUUUGUUGCCGAAGUGCAUGAUUAUUUUCUUUGCAAGUAUCAACUACAAAAGGUUAAGACUAUAAAUUCCUUAUCAGUGUGCAUCUAUGAAUAUUUUUCAGAAGCUAUUUCUAUUAUCCAGCUUGUACCUCUUCUUGGAGAUAACUAACUUCUUAAAGCUUGUUAUCAGUUAAACAAUUGCCUUUGUUAAUUUGAAUCAAAGAAUGCCUACCAAUAUUCAUGUCCUGAGAUUUAGUGCACAUAUAUCUUUACUCUUAAAAAAAAUAAACAAAAAAAACUCACUUUUAUUAACUUUUAUCUCAGCCUCAUCUUUCCAGACUAAAAAUUUCCAGUAUUAGUCAUUCAUUCUGCUUCUGCUUCUUAAAUAUUUUAUGAUUCUUUGUGAAUCUGGUUCUAUUCAGCAUAUCCCAAGUGUGGGUUAUAGUCUGAAAUAUGUAAAGAAGAGGACAUAUUACUGGAAACUGAGUACACUUAACUCCUAAAAUCUUUUUUUCUUAUAGUAAGAAUGAAUUUUCAGACUAUAUUUAAUUACCAGUUUUCUUGAUUAAAAAAAAACUAGAAAGAAUGUAAAUUUAUUAGCCCUAAUUUUGCAAUUUUUUUAUGUUCUAUAAAUAACAUAUUUGAGAAAAUAUUAAUACCUCUGUUUAUGCUACUUCCAAUGUGAGGUUUUUAAUUCAACCCUUCUCCCUCCACUAAAAGUUAAAAAUUUUGCCUUUUAAAAAAUUAGUUUCAAAAAAAAAAUUAGUUUCUGGUUAUAGAUAUUUAUAACUGAGUUUUAAGGCAGCAAAAGGGAAAGUAGCUUCAAAUACAAAAAAAAGAAGAAAAAAAUUUUUAACAUGUUUAAUGUACAUAAGUAAAUCAAAUUCAGUGGGUACAGGUAGACUUGAGAUGGGAGCUAGAAGCACCAUUUCCAAAUGCUACUUAAAGAAGCUACCCAAACCAGGAGACUUUAAAGUAUAGGAAGCAAAAAGUUUUGAAUUCUGCCUUUUUUUCAUAGAAACUUAAGGUAAAACAAGAGAGUAGGUAGUUGACAAAAUGAAGGAAGAAAACUUCAAACUAUCAACUUAAAUUAAAUAUAAUGCUGUAAAUGUGGAUAGAGAAACCCUGUCAGAUGCUUUUGGCUUGCUCCCUGAUGAAGAUUUUGACAGCACUGCACACAGAAAUGAUCUUGAUGCGCUGCCAUUUCAUUCUUUGCUGAAUGUAGCCAAUUUAAACUGCUAGAAUUUCUUGACAUUCCUACUCUGGCAUAUCUGAGUCAGCAUCUUGUUGCUGCAGCAGCUUAAUUAAAUUUGCCAGUUUGUGCCACAAGGACAGACAUGUUCUCAUAUUCAGAGAGACAGCUGUGAAGCAGUACUGUUAAGAGUUGCGGACACAAUACUGUUAGGUAUGAAUAGCUCUCAAGACAUUUUCUAGUGAGAAAUCAAUUUGCUGUAUUACAUUUCUCCCAAGAUCAGCAGUUAAUAUUCAUUUUGUUAACCUAAAAUAUGCUUAUUUUUUAUGCAGUUAUUGGAGAAACUUUAGUAGCUAAGUAUGUCUUCACCUGUAUUUUCAGAGCCAAUCUAAGCAUCCUUAUUUUAAUUUCCAAUAUUCUUUUGCUGUUCACUAACCUGCUCUCUUGAUUAGUUUUCCAUACAGAGUUUAGUUCUAAAAGAGUAGUCUUGAAUAUUUUGCUUAUUGGGGGGCCUUUUAAGUCUUUUUUUUUUUUUUAAGAAUUUUGAAAUUUUUACCGUGUUUAUUCUAGUAUUUUAAAGGUGAUCUAAAACACAUUAGUGGUAGUUUUAGAUGGGGUUUGACUCACCCUUCAUCCAGACACAGAUAUUGGUAAUCCUCAGACUUAUGAGGCUGAAACUUUCCUACUUUGCAUGACAAAUGUUAAUAAGAAAUAAGACACCUCUUUGCUAUGAAUUAAAAUUAAUAGAUAUUAGUCGCCACAGACAUAAUACUUUAAAAUAAUGCUUUACAUAAAUGUGAAAUAAAAGGAAAAUCAUUUUUGUCGUGUACUAUAGUAGAUGCUACUGCACUAGAAGAUUUAAUGAAGUAGUCAGAUGCACCAGCUGACAUGAAAAAAAUUGGAUUUAAGAUAAACUAUAUCACAAAAAAAUCAUAAAAAUAAAAGUAAAAUUUAUUGCUGGAUAAUAAUAAUAAUACAGUAAUAAUAACAGACCACACUUACUUGUAUAUGAGAAAGGAAAAUUUGAAAUGACUUCUGAAUGUUGUGCAGGACACUACCACACAUUAUAAAAAUCUAGUGUUCUUGACCUCUAAAGGCCUUCUAUUCUUCUGUUUUGGGAAAACCCGGAUACAUACACAGGCUUCCAGAAUGCUCUGAGGGUUAAUACUGUUAGAUUGAGAAUCAUUGCUCUGGAUAUUUCUUUCCCCUCCCCUUUCUUCCUCUUAAUCCCUGAUUUCCAUAUCCUUAGGAUUCUCCCCAGUCACCUAUUCAAUAUGUUCAGUUUGGAAACCCGAGGUCUCCAUAGUCACAUUGUAUUGAUACGUAUAGGAGAAAAUUUGAAUGCCUCAGCAGGUUCUGUGGGAAAUGAGCCGACAGUUAAUUCAUCAGCUCAAGCAAAGGAAAAAGUUAAAACCACAGUUGGAAUGGUUCUUCUUCCAAAACCAAGAGUUCCUUAUCCUCGUUUCUCUCGUUUCUCCCAGAGAGAACAGAGAAAUUAUGUGGAUUUAUUGGUUAAAUAUGCAAAAGUCCCUGCAAAUUCCAAAACUGUUGGAAUAAAUAAAAAUGACUACUUGCAGUACUUGGAUAUGAAAAAACAUGUGAAUGAAGAAGUUACAGAAUUCCUAAAAUUUUUGCAGAAUUCUGCAAAGAAAUGUGCCCAGGACUAUAAUAUGCUUUCUGACGAUGCUCAUCUCUUCACAGAGCAAAUUUUAAAAGCUUGUAUUGAACAAGUGAAAAACUAUCCAGAAUUCUAUACUCUCCAUGAAGUCACCAGCUUAAUGGGAUUCUUCCCAUUCAGAAUAGAGAUGGGAUUCAAGUUAGAAAAAACUCUUCUCGCAUUGGGAAGUGUAAAAUAUGUGAAAACAGUAUUUCCCUCAAUGCCUGCAAAGUUGCAGCUGUCAAAAGAUACCAUACCAGCCGUUGAAACACCAGAACAAAUAGCUGCAGCUAUGCAUUAUGACAUUAGUAAAGACCCAAAUGCAGAGAAGCUUGUUGCAAGAUACCACCCUCAGAUAGCUUUAACUAGUCAAUCAUUAUUUACCUUAUUAAAUAAUCAUGGACCAAGCUACAAGGAACAGUGGGAAAUUCCAGUGUGUAUUCAAGUAAUACCUGUUGCAGGUUCAAAACCAGUUAAAGUAAUUUAUAUUAAUUCACCACUUCCCCAAAAGAAAAUGACAAUGAGAGAGAGAAAUCAAAUCUUCCAUGAAGUUCCCUUAAAAUUCAUGAUGUCCAAAAAUACAUCUGUUCCAGUGUCUGCAGUAUUUAUGGACAAGCCAGAAGAAUAUAUAUCUGAAAUGGAUAUAUCUUAUGAAGUUAAUGAGUGCCGAAAAAUUGAGACCAGAGAAAAUUUGGAUCUGGAGUUUGAUGAUGAUGUCACAGAACUUGAAACUUUUGCAGCAACCACCACCAAACCAUCAAAGUCACCAAGUCCAGCAAGUACCUCCACAGUACCCACCAUGACAGAUACACUCAGAGCCCCCAGCAUAGCAGACACAUCUGAGGCACCAACUUCACCAGACAUUUCUUCUCAUUCUAGAAGUUUAUCUCAGAUUCUGAUGGAACAGUUGCAGAAGGAGAAACAGCUGGUGACUGGUAUGAUAGACAGUGGCCCUGAAGAGUCCAAAAAUAAAGAUGAUCAGAGAGUUAUACCAUGUGGUGAAAAGGUAUCAAAUUCUGACAAGUCUUUGGUGCAAGAUAGUGACUUAAAAACAUCUGAUCCCUUACAAUUAGAAAGUUCUAUGGAAAUCGAAACCUCUAAUAAAAAUGAUAUGGCCACUGAAAUGGAGAGUGUUGAUGAAAGAGUAAAUGUUCUAGAGAAUACGGACAAUAAUUCAAAGGAAAAGACUGUUACAUCAGAAGCAGCUAAUGCUGAAGAUGUAGUUCUUGACAGUAGUGAUACAGAUGAAGACUGUUUAAUCAUUGAUAUGGAGUGUCAAAAUAAUAGUAAUGGAAAGACAGCUGAAGUGGGUUCUAAUUUAAGUUCUAAACCAGCUAGCCUAAAUUCUUCCUCAGGACAGACUUCUGCAGGAAACCAGACCAAUAGUACUUGUAGUCCUGAAGAGUCAUGUGUUUUAAAAAAACCGAUCAAACGAGUAUAUAAAAAAUUUGAUCCAGUUGGAGAAAUUUUAAAAAUGCAGGAUGAACUCUUAAAACCAAUUUCCAGAAAAAUACCUGAAUUGCCCUUAAUGAAUUCAGAAAAUUCUAAACAGCCUCCUCUUUCUGAGCAACCCUCUGCUCCGUCAGAUGCCUCUAGCUGGUCGAAGUCUAUCUGGCCUUCUGCCUUUCAGAAGCCAAAAGGACGAUUGCCAUAUGAACUUCAGGACUAUGUUGAAGAUACAUCAGAAUAUGUAGCUCCUCAGGAAGGAAAUUUUGUUUAUAAGCUGUUUAGCCUGCAAGACCUGUUGCUACUUGUGCGAUGCAGCGUCCAGAGAAUAGAGACCAGACCACGUUCUAAGAAACGGAAGAAAAUCAGAAGACAAUUUCCAGUGUAUGUACUACCAAAAGUGGAGUAUCAAGCUUGUUAUGGAGUUGAAGCUCUGACUGAAAGUGAACUCUGUCGCUUAUGGACUGAAAGUUUAUUGCAUUCCAACUCCUCAUUUUAUGUUGGACAUAUUGAUGCAUUUACAUCAAAGCUUUUCCUGCUUGAAGAAAUUACCUCAGAAGAAUUGAAAGAAAAACUUUCAGCACUCAAGAUUUCAAGUUUAUUUAACAUCCUCCAACACAUUCUAAGAAAAUUAAGUAGCUUGCAGGAGGGUUCCUACUUGUUGUCUCACGCCGCAGAAGAUUCUUCACUGUUGAUCUACAAAACCUCUGAUGGAAAAGUUACUCGGACAGCGUACAAUUUGCAUAAAACGCACUGCGGCCUUCCUGGUGUGCCUUCUAGCCUCUCGGUUCCCUGGGUCCCUUUAGACCCCAGCCUCUUAUUACCAUAUCAUAUCCAUCAUGGAAGAAUACCUUGCACUUUUCCACCUAAGUCACUGGGUCCCACAGCACAACAAAAGACUGGUGGAACAAGAAUGCCUACCAGAAGCCACAGGAAUUCAGUUUCCAUGGAAACGAAAAGUCUGCCUGCUCAGCAAGUUGAAAAUGAAGGAGUGGCUUCAAGUAAAAGAAAAAUAACUUAAAGACUGUACCAUGGAAAACAAAGAAAAACCAGUUAUCACAACAUUUAGUUUAGAAAAAUUUGAGAGAAAAUAUGCCUGAAAAAUCUGUAGGCAACAGGAAUGUUUUUAUUUCACUGUCCUUGACAGUUCUUAGAGUGCCUUAAAAAAACACUUUGACUAUGUGAAGCAGUGUUCCAACUCAAAUGGGCCAAUAUGCCCUUAACACCUGAGGUUUGAGGAGACUAUAGAUAUGUUUUAGCAUUAUCGUGGCAGGGAAAUAUAGAGAGAAGAAAAUAUUUUUAUACUCGACCUUUAGCAAAAAAUUGUAAGUAGGAAAAUAAUUUGCUCUUUCAGGAGCAAUAUUUAUCAUUAUGUAUUAGAUUAAUCCUCGAGGAGUAAAUAGCAAUCCAUUCCAGUAUUCUUGCCUGGAGGAUCCCAUGGACAGGAGAACCUGGCAGGCUACAGUCCAUGGGGUCGCAAAGAGUCGGACAUGACUUAGCAACAAUUUCAGUUGUAAUGCUGGUCUAUUGAGGUUUGCUCAGAAGGUUAAAUCUUGCUACUGUCAGAAAUAAUUUUGACUUACGUAAACCCUAUUUCUGACCCAUCUGACAGUUCUUCUAUACUGAUUUAAAAUGAUGAUUGUUGCAAGUUACAAAGUUAAUACCUUUAAAAACUUUGGUGAAAUUCCACUGCAGAAGCCAAAAAGAAAAAUAAAAAGCUCUCUGCCUAUGAAAAUUCACAAGGAAGUUAACAGUUUUUUGUUGGGCAAUCAUCAGUUUGUUUUAAACAAAAAAAGCUUGUGGUGUAACAGGAUCGGUGACUGCCUCUGUCCCUUGGCACAAAUCCUGGCUAGGUGUUGAAAUACACUACUAAAAACAAAGAGAUGAGUGUAUUUUCCAGAAAAAUCUCAUAUUUCAACUAGAAAGACUAACGUGUGGUAAAACAGAAGCUCUUUUUCCUCAUCUAUACUAAUUAAUUUAAAAUUUUCAGGACCAUGAAGGUAAAUUUAGGAAAGGUUCAAUCAUUUAAUGUUAUAGUAGCCAACUAUUUGUACUUAUGAAGGGAUGAACUCAUUUAAUUUUUGUAUUCCUAUUCUUUAAUGUGCAGUAAAUAUGUGCAUCAUUUAUAAAAUACAAGCUUUAUAAUUCAAGGCAAAGUUUGUUUUUGGAAUUUUUUAUGCAUUUUAUAUUAAUAUAGGAAAUUAGCCCCAGCACCCUUCUCAACUGUUGUAAGUAGCAUUUAUUUUUUUUUGUAAGUAGCAUUUAAAUACUCUUUUUACUACCAAGUUUGUUUUGAGUUUUUUGGUUGGUUAUAUAAUAUUUUUAAUUAAUGACUAGUUAUUAAUGAAAUUGUCUUAUGUAUUUUAAUAAGUUUCCUCCCUUUUUAAAACAUUGAGCCUUGUUUCAAGUGGUCAUUUUUUUUUUUUUUAACUUUUGUCACAUGCCCAUAUUUCCUGAAAUACUCCACUUGUGAUUCAUUUGGCAGUGAACCAUGGGAGAGGCAGGGAUUCCCUAGUAAUUUGCUCUUUUAGAAAAGCUAAGAAAAUGAUUGCUUCAGACUUCUGAAUGCCAGAAAGACAUGGCUUUCAUUUUUUUAGUAUUAGUUUUCACUUAAUAAAAUGUGUGAUAAGAGAUUUUAAAAUUAUCUUAGCCAUUUACUAGAGUAACUCUGAUAAUAUAUAUAAAGCUAAUUUUUGUUUUCCACUUGUGCUUAAUCAAGCUUCUUUUUUCUAAUGUAUAUUUGAACUUGUCUUGUGUUCUUUUUAUUGAUUUUUAGUACUGAGAAUGUAUAAGCAAGAAAGUGACAUUGUCAGUAUGAGCAAAGAUGUUUUUAAAAAAACAAAAACAAAAGCAGUCAGUGUUGGCAAGGAUAUGAUGAGCCUGCCCCACUUACAUCUGUAGUUAAGGCAUAAACAUUUCACUCAGUAAAUGUUUGAGUCUAUCUGUGUGCCACACAACCUAAAAUUGGUCCCCAUGUUUACUCUCGUAAAAUUCUUACUCAUAUAUCAGAAUAUUUGUUUGUUUUACUUAUUACUGUCUUUCUUCUUAAAUAGACUACAAGCUAUGCCAA